UCACUUGCAAAUACAUACAUAAUCCCACAUCCGUCAUGGUGCCCUGAGACUGGAGCAUGCAUCAUGUGGAACGUGAGUUUGGAUGACCUGCUGAACCCGUGCGCGAGGCGCGAGGCGUAUCUGGAGAAAUACAUGGGCCCCCGUUAUUCGCCACUCUUCCUACCCAUGUGCAACUUGUUCAUCUUUGUAGUGGGCGUGCUUGGCAAUGUGCUCACAUGCACCAUCAUCGCCCGUUACUGGGUCAUGCGCACACCCACCAACUACUACCUAUUCAGCCUGGCCUUAUCAGACUUGUUGGUACUGCUCCUGGGCCUUCCCCUGGAGCUCUACGAGCUCUGGUCCAACUACCCUUUCCUGCUGGGCGCCGGCGGCUGCUACUUCAAAACGUACCUCUUCGAGACGGUGUGCCUCGCCUCCAUGCUCAAUGUUACAUUUCUGAGCGCCGAGCACUACCUUGCUGUGGUGCACCCCGUGCGCGCCAGGCAUGUGAUCACAUGGUCUCGCGCCAAGCGCCUCAUCUUGGUGCUGUGGACGAUGGCGCUGUUGUGCACGCUGCCCAACACAAGCCUGCGCAGCGUGCAGGUGCUGCCACUGCGGUUUGGGCAGAGCUUCCCUGACUCAGCUGUGUGUGGCCUGGUGCAGCCCGCAUGGAUCUACAACCUGUUGGUGCAGCUCACUGCACUGCUCUUCUUCCUGCUGCCCAUGCUGGUCAUCAGCAUGCUCUAUCUGUAGAUCAGACUGCAGCUGCAGCGAGAGAGGCUGCAAGCGCAUACCAAUGCUUGGCACGGGCAGAGCACGGCAGCACGGAACCGCCAGCAGAGGACAUGCCACCGGCAGGUCACCAGAAUGCUGUUUGUGUUGGUGAUCAUAUUCAGGGUUUGCUGGGCACCUUUUCACAUUGACCGCGUCAUGUGGAGCUACAUUGACAUCUGGACCGACGAGCACCAUCGCAUCUUCAAGUUCGUUCACCUGCUCUCAGGUAUCUUCUUUUACCUGAGUUCAGUGGUCAACCCCAUUCUCUACAACCUCAUGUCCUCUCGGUUCAAGAUUAAAGAUUACAUCAUAUAA